UCUAGAUUCAACUUUCGUUUCAGAUGAAUAUUUUUCUCACAUGUUUUCAGGGAUUAAUACCCAGUUUUAAAUUUAAACAUCACUUAAUGAUUAGUGAAUAUUUUCGAAGAGAAGUCAAAGAGCUGAAUGCAACAAAUGUACCUGUACCAACAUGACUUCACAGCCUCCAGGAUUUCCAGAUAAUUCAGGUUGUAAAUGCACAGUUUUGGAAGAUGAAAGUCCUAGUUUACAAAAAAUCAACAAUAUCACCAAAGUAAGACCUGAAGAUGGACAGGGAUUUCCUAUUGUGGUACAAGAUGAUGAUAUUUCUCCUGACAAAGGCACACCAGAGGAUGUUGGCAAUUUUCUGUCACCUGGCAGUUGUCUGCCACAAGGGCAACAGCAUGAUGAUACCACAGUUGACAGUGUAUUAUCAGAACAAAAACAUUUGCAGCCAGUCACAGAGAAGACAGGAACUGUUUGUAAAGUUCUUCCAAGAGAUAAAGUCAAACCAAGACCCAGUGUUCAAGCUGAUGAUGAUACUGUGGAACUAGCACAACCAGGUGCAAGUGAUGAAGGUGAGGAUGGAAAAACAUCAGAAAAUCAGACAGUAAAAAGUAGUGUUGUGGGUGUUAGCCAUAGCCCUACCACUGUAGAUAAUACCAGAAAUAUGGCAAUUGGACAGUCCUAUAACAAACCAAGAUACGGACAACAUGAAGCAAUUAGUGUUAGUUGUAGUAAACCAUCUUUGCCCUCAAGGUCUUACCCUAAACAAGACCAAUACUUGUACAGUCCAAAUACUGUUAGAAAUGACACAAAAGUUAACCUUAAGCGUAAAUUAAUGGCCAGAACUUGUAAUCUUACACAUUUAAGUUCUAGUCUAGAAGUUUGUCCUUCUAAGCAGGAACAAAAAUUUAUCACGCAAGUUAGGGAUAAUCUGGUGGAAAACAGAAUUUUGCCUGGGACUUUGAAAACAUCUGAAACUCAAAAAACAAUGAUGAUUGAAAAAUUGACUGGUCAAAAUACUGUCCCAAUCCCUGCUCGUGAAUUAUUAAAUGGUGAAGAAGACACAAACAGUAGCAGUACUUCUGGAGCAAGUGAUACUGUGAAAGAAUCUUUGAGAAACAAAAUUCUAUGUAAACGGGUUAAAUCUGAUCAGUCCACAAAUUUAGAGUUGGGAACCUCUCAUAAUAGGAAAACCAAAAAAGGAAAAGGGUCAAGCAAAGUUAAAAAAACUAUGAAAAGCAAAGAAAUAGAAAAUGGUUUAGAAGAUAACGGGAAAGUCAAAGAAGUAUCCAUUCCUGGACCCAGCAUUUCAUUUGUUGUCUCCCCUCAUGGGUCCAACAUUCCAACUGCCAUCUCCACAUCUGGGCCCAAGAUUCCUACUACUGCCUCCAUUCCUGGGCCCAACAUUCCAACAACUGUCUCCAUGCCAGGGCCCAAUAUUCCCACUCUCACAACUCCUAGGCCCAACAUUCCAACAACUGUGAACUGUGAAAGUGUUACAGAUGAAUGUCCCAGUCCUAGAAAAAAAACCAAAGGAGAAAGCUCAAGAAGAAAGUAGGUCCUGUGUUCUGUAUGAGGUAAACUUGAGGUGGAGAAGUAAAAGAAAACGGCAAUAUGCCAUAAUAUUAGGAAUUUUUGGGAAAAGGUAAAAUUUUAAGAAAAAGAAUGUUAGUAACUUGAAAUAAUUAGAAUCCUGCCAAUCGAUUAAUAAGACUAUAUUGAGUACUUUUAUGUAAAAUUUAAACUGGACACAGUUUAAAGGUUCCAUAAAUGUCACGUUUUAGAAUAACAAGCAUAGAAAUGUAGGAAAAAAGGUAUUUUAACUCUCCAAGUUUGUUAUGUUCAUAUAGAAUACAGGACCUGGUGGUUUGUAUAGGGAGAAAGUGUAAAAGCAUCUUGUGCUUAUUUUAAUGCAGAGUGAAAAUAUUUUCAGGUGUUGACCAAGACAAUAUUGUCAAACAAUGAAUAAAUGAUGUUGCAUUUAUAGGCUGAUGUUAUUUGUGGAGUGCUUACAUUUCAUGUACUAAACAUUCUUCCGAUUUAAAGAAAUGUAGCUUGAAAAAUAAGAAAAUGGAAAGGAAUGUAAUGAGUAAAAACUAUGAAAUGAGACAAAUUGGACCAGACUACGUCACAGUCAUGACUUUGCCAUUAGGACUAGCAUUUGCUUAUUUUUUGUCCAAGGCAAAUAUGAUUUUUACAUAGGGGUCAACUAAAAAUAUCCUAUCUAUAUUAUGUAACAGUUUUGUCAAUUUUGAAGAAUAUGUGAAGAAAUGGGAGAAAUUUUCCAUGUAUUUAUUGAAUGUAUUGAACACCCCUUGUAUUAAGAAUUCUUUGCUCUACUCUCGCCUGACUUUUCUCACAUACAUUUUGUGAUUUUUCUUGCACUGGUAUCAACAUUUUGCAGAAAGUUCAAUUCAAGUAACUGUAUAUUUUCACCCAUAAUCUGUAGUUACACUGGAGAAUUAUGCAUACAUUAACAUCAGCUAAAUGGUAACAAAUCAUUUGGUAGUAUACUAAACAGCCUUUAAUGUGAAAUCACCAAUAUUCAUGGCAGACUAAUUUUCAUGGAUUUGUGGUUGAGUUAAUCCACGAAAUUUAAUCCCAACGAUCAAGUAAAAGUCCCAUUUAUUUUAUGAUCAAAAGUUGAAAUCCAAGAAUUCAUAUCCCCACGAAAUUGCUGUUUUUACCAAAACCACAUAAUUUCAUGCCCACGAAAUUAAAUGAUUUUACAGUAACCUGUUUUAUAAUAUGUCUUGAUUGUAUUUAGCAUGUUGUUUUGUUUGCAUGUAUUACUGUUACUGUUUACCAUUGUUAUAUGUUACAUUAUAAAUGUUUAAUGCUUUUGAAUAUUGUGAAAUCAUUAAAUUUCUGUUGUUUUGUUUAUUGUCAAAACUGACUUUUCCUUGGUACAUUGAUUUGCGGACAUGAAAUAAUUGGAAAUUUCAUUUGUACCUGGUGAAAAUUGCCAUUAAUCCUUGGUACAUUCUUUUCAGGACAUAAAGUAAUUUGAAAUUUUAUUUGUUCCUGGUGAUGAAAUUGAAAAAAAAAAAAUCUUGAAAACAGUGAUUUCAUAGUACAAUUUAGCAUUAAUGUAUUUGAGCCGCACCAUGAGAAAACCAACAUAGUGCAUUUGUGACCAGUCUGCACAGUCUGGUCAGGAUCCAUGAGGUUCACUUUCAAACCCUAUUGCAUUUAGAGAAACCAUUAGCAAAUAGCAUGGAUCCUGUGCAUCUGCGCGGUCUGGUCUGGAUCCGUGCUGGUUGCAAACACACUAUGUUGGUUUUCUCAUGGUGCGGCUCAUUUGAUGUUUAAAUAAACCUGUUGUUAAACCCUUGUUGAAACAAUUUACAUUUUAUUGUUACCGUUGUCUUUUAUGUUGAAUAUUUGUUUCAUCCUGUUAAUUGUUAAUUUUGUAAAAUGUUUAUUGUUGAAGUAAUUGGUUAAUUUAAAAGAAUAAAUCAG